AGAGAGUCUGCGCUGCAGGCUGGGCUGGGAGUCUGCGCUGUGUGAAGGAAGCCGCUCUGCACUGAGCUGAGAGCCUCUACCAGGAAGGAAGCAGGUUAAAGGAAGCAGAACCUGUUAUUGCAGUUAAUUCAUUUUUAUAGGUGAGUUUUUUGCUCAGCUUUCUCUAUUAAUAUCAAUGACUAUCAGAAUAUCCUCAGGAUAAGCCAGUAUUAGAAUACAGGUUAUACUCAAUACUAAUCAUUCUGAAAGAGUGGGCAGCUCUGACAAAACCAGCAGCCAUUCUAUAUAUAUAUUACUGAGCUAUGGGUCCAGUCACAACCCUGAGCUUUCUAAGGAUUUAUGAGCUGCAGAGGGGAUAUCCUUACCUCUCAAUCACAAAGGGUUAAAUCAGGAGCAUUUAUCACACAUAUUAUCUGUCUCCUGGUGAUGUCACAGUUUGGAAUCAUUUAUUCUCUAGUAAAUUUGAAUGGAACAUUCCCUGACAUCACAACGUUCCACAGCCUGCAUGCACCAAACCCCAAAUAGAAAUGAAUGAAAGGCUGAAUGGCAAAUUAUAGGCUACAUUAUCCGAUUUUUAAAUAUUACCUCUGCUAUAGUCACAGCUUUGCUGUUUUAUUUUUAAAAUUUAGCAUUUGGGGAUUUCAUUUAACUACAAUAUGUGUUUAGAGCAGGCUUCUCCAAACUCCAGAUGUUGCUGAACUACAACUCCCAUGAUUCUCAGCCUAUGUAGUUCAUUCAUAGAAUCAUGGGAGUUGUAGUUCAGCAACAUCUGGGGUCCGGAGUUUGGGGAAGCCUGGUUUAGAGAAUACCACUAAUGAAGGUGAUUUACUAACCCUUUAGAUUGAAAGCUUUUGGACAAGGUAUUCAAACUCUACCGGGGUUUGCUCACUAACUUUAAAAUGGUAGCAAAGUGAAAUUCACAUCUAAAUAGGUCAAAUACCAGAUUUGGGAAAAUCCCCAGUUCAGCAACAGUGACAUAUUGGGUAUUUUAGCAUAAAUGUUGCUGUUCUUGCAUGGAACUGCUGCAUUCCAUUGAUUACUAAAUAAACUUACUGGUGUUCUUCAAACUACAUAAAAGCAUCUCCGAAACGCUGUGAAAUAGCCUUAAAUUGCACUCCCUCCCAGUACUGCACUGUGGUCAUUCUAGAUGAGAAGAUCUUAAAUUAUGUUCCUAACAUUUCUUGAAUUCAGUAAAAUAUUUUUCAUUGCUUGACGGCAGUUGUGUGAAGGUUAAAUCCCCUUUUCACUAGCUAGGAAUCUGUCAUUGAUCCUCACAUUGCCACCCAUAAUGUGAGGAAAAUUUCAGGGUGCGUUUGUGCCCGCACUGUUUACUUUUAUUUAUAUUUUAACCUGUUAUUCACUGACAGUCACUCAAAAACUUCCAUUGAGAUGAAGGGAUCUUGGUGACUAUAGUGUCCCAUUUAAAGGUCCCCCACCCUCAGGGUCCCACUCCCGACCAGGGUGAAGGGGGAGGAAGGCAAUUAAAUUCUUACUCUCCUUCGGUCAUCAUCGGCUGAAUGCGCAUGCGCGGCAAGAGCCGCGCGAGCAUUCAGUCAGUCCAUAGAAAAGCAUUCUCAAUGACAAAACUCAGACGCCCCCCUGACCCCAUGCGCGCCACCCCCACCCAACCCUUCCCCCCUGCCCCGCAUUCUAAAUACACACACACAUUCACUGACAGAAACACAUACUCACUAACAGACAGACUCACUCACUAACAGACUCACUCACUAACAGACUCACUCACUAACAGACACACACUCACUAACAGACACACACACACUCAUUAACACACACACACACUAACAGGCAAACACACUCACACUCACUGACAGACACACACACUAGCAGACAAACACACACUAGCAGACAAACACACUCACUCACAUUAACACUCACUUUUUUUUUAUUUAACCCUCCAGCCUCCUUACCUUUAGGAAUGCUGGGGGGGGUUCUCCCUCUCCCUGGGGCUGCCGGUCGGGCUGAUGGGCUGGCUGCUGGGCGGGCAUCAUAUUCUGGCUCCCAGCCUCACUCUGCAAGCGGCGCGCGAGGGAGCUGAGCAGACAGCUCAGGGGGAAGUGCUCCCUUGCCAGCGCUGGCUGCCCGCCUGGCUUUUCAGUUAGCCGAAAGGCUAACAAGACAUUUGCCCUUGGCAUUUGGGGGCAGCUUUUUUUGCCGCCCCCUGAAAAAUGCCACCCAAUGCAAAUGCCUUGUUUGCCUCGCGGCUAAAACGUCCCUUGGUCUGGGUGCCUAUAGUGGUCCUUUAAGUCACUGGUAUAAGUGUAGAUUCCGGAGUAGAAUAACGUGUAAUAUUAUAGUCACUGAUCCCAGUAUUCAGAGGGAGCCUUUCUACAAUUACCAUUAUAAUAAAAAUACAGAUUCCAAUCCAGUCAAGAAAUAUACAGAGCCAUAUCCUUUCUUAGACUCAGGGCGGAAUCGAAGAGUCAAUCCCGACAGCUGUCACUGGUGACGGCUGCAGGGAAAUUGGCUGUGUCUAUGGAGGUCUCGCGGGAUGUACAGCCGUGAUGACAGCUCCGCAGAGGACCUUCUGGAUCAAAAUGGCCACGUCUGCAAAGUACAGGUUGAGGUAAGUAAAUACUACAAUUAACUGCCACCGCACACCCCCACUAUCGAUGUCACCGUCUGUGAACUUUGUCAACUCUGCAAAGUCCCCAAACAGUGACAGUGCCGAUUUUAAGGCAGAUUUCUUGUGGAAUUUACCAAUUCCCAAAUAUCUUCAGGUCUCACCAUGGCCUCUUGUACUCAGUUCCUAUUUGUUCCUUGAUUGGAGCCAUUGUUACCCUUGCAGUGGUGUAUUCUGGUUUUGUGCUGCUGUUUGGUAUGACAAAACUCAAGCAACCCCCCCUCAGCCCGCCCGCCCUCCCUCCCUCUAAAUUUCACUUUCUGUUUUAAACCAACACGCUCUUUGCCUGACAGACACACACCUUCACUGAUGCAUACACUAACUGACAGAUACAGUCAUUGUCACACACACUUUCAUUGAAACACACAGUCACAGACAUACACACUCACAGUUACACUCACUGACACACAAACUCACAUUCAACAACAGACACACAUUCACUGACAAGAUACACAUGUAAACUGACUGACGGACACAUACAUACACAUUCAUCGAUAGACACACACUUACUGACAGGCAUGCAUUCACUAACAGAUGCACAUACACACUCACUCGGUGUCAGACAUAUACACACUCACUGACAGACACAUAUACACUCCGUGUCAGACACACACAUUCACUAACAGACAUACACACUCACUGGCAGUCACACACUCUAAGUGACAGACACAUACACACACUCUCAGUGUCCGACACAUACACACACUGACAUACAUAUACAUUCACUGACAAACACACAUGCUCUCAAUGACACUCUUUGACAGACACAUACACACUCACUAACAGACACACACUCUCACCAACAGACACACACUAACAAUUGGUUUGUUUUCUAUUUCAAUUCACCCAGCCUCCAUACCUUUACUGGAGUGCUGGAGUGGAUUGUACAUUUCCAUGGGGAUCUUUUUAAUUGCCGGACGGACAUGCGGACGGUCAAUUUAGAAGGCGAUGGAGCUGAGCAGGGAGAGCUCAGGGGUGCUGCCCGCCUCCAACAUCAGCAGAUGCCAACCUCGUGGGGGAGGGGGACCCUGAGGUGGCCAGCCGGUCAGCUCUUGGGCCCCCCCAGAGGAAGAGGCUGACAAGGCAUCUGCCAGGGCAUUGGGUGACAGCUUUUUUUUGCCGCCUCCUGAAAGUGCAGCCCAAGCAAAUGCCUUGUCAGCCUCACGCUAAAUACAGUGCUGUUCCCACUAUAACUACAGGUUGCACAACUGUACUGUUCUUGUAUUUCUGUGCACACCAUGGGUUGACAUGUACAAACACAGGUGUUAAAGGACUACUCAAGUCAUCCAGGCCACUUUAUCUCAAUAUACUGGUCUGGGUGCAGUGGUGCUGUUUUUUAACCCUUCCAUGUAAAACACUGCCAGUUUGUAGAAAGAGCAGUGCAGCAAUGUUUACUUGGAAAGGUAUAAUACUUCCUCACAGCCACUAGAGGUGCUGCCACCUCUAUAACGAGUCAAACUCAAUCAGAUGGUCUCAUAGAAACUUGGUCCCUGAUGUUUCCCUAUGGAGAAACAUUGGAUUGAUGGAGAUCAUCAAGUCUGAUAAUGUCAGCUGAGGAAGCGGGCAACACCAGCAUGGCGUGGGGAUAAAGGUAAAUAAACCUAACUUUUAACCCUUACCGUGGGAGGGGAUGGGGUAACACUAUAACUUUAGGAAUGCAUGUUUGUAUUCCUAUUGCUUUUUAAUGUUACUUUUAAGAUUAAUCUUAUUAUUAUGGAAAAUUUAUUUAAUAAGGACCGAGAGAUUGUGGAGUUGCAGUAAAAAGCUUGAGGGAAAAAUAGGGAGCACUAUAUCUACAGGCUUACAAUUACUGCUGACAACAAUUGUAAAAUGUUCAUUUAUUUUUCCUCAGUUAACAUGGCAGACCCUUGGGAAGAAUGUAUGGAUUUUGCAGUGCAGAUGGCAAGGAAAGCUGGAACCGUAUGUAUACUAACUGAUCAACAUUUAUAAAGACAAAACAAUUGAAUUACUGGUUUCAGUGUCACUGUCUUAUUAUUGUAUUGAAAUAGUAGGCUACAAUAGUGUAAAAACUCUUUAAACUUGUAUGUUUUCAGUAAUUUGUGCAGGUUGGUUUUUCUAGAGGGAUACUAUAGUCACCAGAACAACUACAGCUUAUUGUAUUUGUUCUGCAGAGUAUAAUCAUUCCCUUCAGGCAUUUCCAUGUAAACCCUUUCUUUUCAGAGAAAAGGGAGUGUUUACAUUGCCCCCUAAGGACACCUCCAGUGGCCACUCCUCAGUUAGCUAUUGGAGGUGCUUCCUGGGGCAGUGCUGCACAGUAGGCACCACUGCCAUUCAGCAUCUUCACGCUCUGCACGGAGACGCUGAGUUUGCCUCAUAGAGAUGCAUUGAUUCAAAGUGGACAUAAAGUGAGUUUUAACCUCUUCUAAGGGGGCAAAGGAGGGACAAGCCACCUAAAUGGUGGUUUUAACACUAUAGGGUCAGGAAUAAAUGUUCCUGACCCUACAGUGUUCCUUUAAUGUUUGUGAAAUUAAUAUUCUUGAUGUCUAACCCUAACUUCUAACCUACUCUUAAGAUACACAAUAUAUAAGCUUUUUCCUGAAUUUCUUCUUGAUUGGACCCCAUUCACUAACUUACGAAAUUUCAAACAUUACUCAAUAGAAAACAUAACAAAGAGAUAUCUCAUUACCAGCAUCUCUGUUUGUUUUCCUCUGUUUCUAGUAUUGGAAACAUAGUAUAAAACAUAAAGAACUACAUGCAGUUUGUGUGUGGAUAGAAUUUACAAUUGUCAUGUUGAGUAAUAAGAUUUUGGGACUUAUUAGAACUUAUUAAUGAAAUCCAAGGCAUUUUGAUUAAAAAAAUAUAUAAUUUAAAAAUGGACUAUUCCCUGAAUAGCCUAAAAUGUUUUUCAGGAUAAUUGCCAAGGAAGGAUGACCAUGCUUGGAACCCUAAGUUGACUCCUGAAAAAGCAUGAAAUUGAUUAGCCGUAUUGUAUUGUUAGCCGAGAGUGUCCUGAAAAUUUGUCAAUUUUGUUAUAAUUUGUAUAAACGCACUGUCGGACUAUUACGGACCACAACAAGGCACUGGACCUCUGGUGGACUGAGUUUAAAUAACUCAAGCUCCUGACAACAUGAGGUCAGUGGAGGAAACUCAUUGGCCUGCAACGCUGAAAUGACGCCAUACUUGUGUCAUUGUCGGCUAUAGAUCAGCAAGAAUAUAGCAAAGCACGUCAUUUAUGACCCCAGAUUAUUAUGUUAUUAUUUAUAUAGCGCCAACAAAUUCCGCAGCGCUUUACAGUGGGUGGACGAACAAACAUUUAGUGGUAACCAGACAAGUUGGACACACAGGAACAGAGGGGUUGAGGGCCCUGCUCAAUGAGUUUACAUACUAGAGGGAGUGGGGUAAAGUGACACAAAAGGUAAGGAUAGUAUUAGACUAAUGACAGUUACAAGAGAGGAAUCAGUCGGGAGCUAUUAACAGUUUAACUGAUAAACUUUUAUGAAGAAGUGGGUUUUUAAUGAUUUUUUGAAGGAGUGGAGACUGGGUGAGCAUCUAACGGAGGAGGGAAGUGAGUUCCACAGGAGCGGUGCAGCCUUCGAGAAGUCUUGAAGGCGAGCAUCAGAGGUGGGAGUAUGGACAGAAGAUAGACGUAAGUCUUCAGCAGAGUGUAAAGGCCUAUACGGGACAUACUUGUGUAUUAGGGAGGAUAGCUAGGUGGGAGCAGCAUUAUGUAGAGAUUUGAAAGCAAGAACCAUAAUUUUAAAUUGAGCCCUCUAUCUUACAGGAAGCCAAUGCAGGGACUGACAGACGGGUGAGGCGUGGGAGGUGCGGGCGGACAGAGCCUCGCCACUCAUCUUACAAGUCAGGGUGACUUGUGUCAAUUUUGACGCAAGAAAAACUUUAGUCAUGUUGUCCAGGUGCCAUUAUUGACGUAAGAUAUGAGCAAUGAGCAGUGGAGUGGACAGGUGACCAUAGGGUAAAUAAAGUCCUAAUUAUGUACAUUUUAUAAUUUAACAUUUAAAGGUUUGUGAUCAUUUUUUGUUUUUCUUGAUUUUCUUUUCCUGCAACUGCCCAGUUGCUCGGGUUGUUUUUUAAUAGUUUGUGUUCACUGUCAGGUCGUGUGUGCAGCUCUGAAGGAAGACGUCUCUGUGAUGCUAAAAAGUUCGCCUGCAGAUUUAGUGACAGUCACAGACCAGAAAGUAGAAGAAAUGAUAAUCUCUUUAAUAAAAGAGAAAUACCCAUCCCAUAGGUAAGGCAAUAGACAUGUGUUACAUCAAACUUAAUUUUCAGAAAAAAUGAUAAUGGUGAGAUAAUUUAAAUGAAACAUUUUAAUGGUUUAUAUACAAAAUGUAUAUGUGGACACAAUAUUUUCCACAGUGUGUGGAAGGGGCAUCAAGAAAUCCACAAAAGUCACCAGAAAUUCUUAUGAUCCCAUGAUAUUGGUUAUCGUUUAAAGGGACAGUAGUCUUUGUACUGUAUAUGCAAUAACUGCAUGCUGAUUAUAGUUACAGUACAUAUGUUCUAAAUAUGUGAAUUUUGUUUCAGCUUCAUUGGUGAAGAAUCCGUGGCAGCGGGUAAGGGGAGUACUCUGACAGAUAGCCCAACAUGGAUUGUAGAUCCCAUUGAUGGUACUACCAAUUUUGUUCACAGGUAUAUGCUUUGAAUUUAUUCUGUAGGAUUAUGUUAAGAAAUACAGAAGCUGCCUCUUUAAUUACCAAAUGCUUAUUGGGUCAAAUAUGAACUAAUAUGAAUGAAAACAUUUGAAGUGUACAUUUAAUCUGCAUUUAAUUUUGUUUUGUGUUUGCUAUUAACACAUGUUUUAUACCGUUAACCUCCAUACAAUAUUAUUUACAAAGCCAUCAGAACAAUAAAUGUAAAUUAUGAAAAAGUAAGCACACAAACACACGUUCAUAAUAUAUAACAGAUAUAUUUGCUUUGACGAUCAGUAUUUCCAUAACAACAAUAUUUUAUUUUUCAAUGGUUCCAGUGAACUUCAUAAAGAAGAGAUUAUAUAAAACGCCUGUUUUCUAGGUGUGUAUGUAUGUGGAACAAAUCUAUAGAAAGUUUCACCAUUGCCGUAAGGCAAACUACAACUACCUCUCCCACAUUCCUUAGUUGUAAAGUUUAAAACAGCAGCCCAUGUAGCUGACACUAUAUAAUACAGGCAGCAAUUUUCCUGAUUUAUAUAUAUUUAGAGGAAUACUGUAUUGGAACCAAUCUGAGUUUUCAGAUAGCCAGGCACAGCAGGAUUAGCCAUAACAUGACACUAGGCAGCCGCGUACAUUGCCCAGGGCCCUGUGGGAUCUUGACCCUUCUCUGUAGCCAGGGAGCAAGUGCAUACCUUUUAUUGCAUAUAAAGUACUACAUACACAAAGAUGCAAAAGCCAUCUGUAUUUUUUGAUCAAAAACUUGUUUUCCUGGCACUAUAUAGUCCUUAGGUCCCCCCCACCCUCAGGGUCCCCCUCACGCUGGGAUAAAGGGGUUAAAAACACUUUCAGCCACUUAGCUUAAUCCAGCGCUGGGCUCCCUCGGCACUGGUGACCUCUCCUGCCCUCUGACAUCAGCUCCCGAGUGGAGCCGAAUGCGCAUGCGCGGCCAGAGCCUCGUGCGCAUUCAAACCGCCCAAAGGAAAGCAUUACUCAAUGCUUUCCUAUGGAUGUUCUGCGUGCUCAAUGUGAUUUUUUUGCAUUGAGCGUUGUGGAAGCGCCUCUAGCAGCUGUCAGGAAGACAGCCACUAGAGGCUGGAUUAACCAUGCAAUGUAAACAUAGAAGUUUAUCCGAAACUGCUAUGUUUAAAGGCUGCAGGGUUAAAACUAGGGGGAACCUGGCACCCAGACCACUUCAUUUACCUGAAGUGGUCUGGGUGACUAUAGUGGCCCUUUAAAUUGAUUUUAUUGUUAUCAUUAUCAUUUUACUAGUCAACAUACCUAACCCUUUCAAAGUGUAAAAUUUAUUUUAUUGUGUCACAAAAACAAUUUAAACAAACAAAAACAGCAGACAUUUGUUGGCAGCAUAUGUCUGAAUGAAUCCCUGGCACAACUACAUUGGCUGAGAUUACAGUCUUCGGGGGAUAUGUUCUCACCAGCUUUGCCCGUCUGAAACCGUAAAUUCUUAACAAUUUACCCAUGCUGUGUCAGAUUGGGAUAGUUGGUGGACAGCAAUUCCCAAGUCUUUAAAUAGAUUCUUGCUCUGAUUGAGGUCUGAGCUUUUUCUUGGACUGUGUUUUUAGGUCCAAUACCCUGCUGGAUGGUGAACCACCGCACCACUGCCUGGUGUCCUACAGACUGAAAGAGUCUUUUUAGAAUUGUCCUGUAUUUUGCUGCAUCCAUUUUUCUUUAGUCUUGACUAGUUUCCCAGCUUCUGCCAUUGAAUAUCACUCUGAAUCGAUGCUUUAAAUACCAAGCUUCACCAUGCGACUGGUGUUCUCGAGGCAGUGGUUUUAAUAUUUGCUAUGUUGAUGGACAGCUUCCAUCUCGGCUAAGGAUCUCUACAACUCCUUGCUUUUUUGACUAAAUCUAUGUCCGGCCAAUUAGUUUUGUUCGAUGGCCUUCUGUAGGCAGAGUUGAGGUUGUGUCCUGUUCUUUCCAAUUAUUUUAUAUUGUAUUCAAUGAUACUCUGGGGGGAUUGCUCAAACUAUGGGAUAUUAUUUUUUUUUUUUUGUAUAACCCAGGCUUUGGAGCUUUCCAGAACCAGUUAUAUUUAUUUUGACACUAUUUAAUUUCAUACAAGUGGAUUCCAUUCAUAGAAUUGUGGCCUCAGUUUAAUAUUCUUGGAUAAACUUUUCAAAUGAUUUAUAUUUUUUAUAAACUUUUAAAAUUAAUUUUUUUUUUUAAAUAUCAAAAAUAUAUAUAAAAAAUAGCAAAAUCAUUCUUAAAAUAUUUUACAUAAUAUUUAUUUUAGAAGUUAGUUCAAAAAUAUAAAAUAAUUUGAGUAAAGCUUAUCCAAAACUAUUAAAUAUGUGGCUUCUGAAGGCAAAUGGUUGCAACAAUACUAAUUUAAGGGUUUCAUAGCAACAAGGUGAAUACAUAUGCAUCCAACCAAGGUUAUUUUUUAAAAUUAAUUUUGUGUAACAAGGACAAUAUCUUGCACCGCGAACGUGUUAGGCAUGUCAUGUAAAUAAGUUCACGGUAGUAACACUAAAAAGUCUGUAAACUACUAAGGUGAUUUAAACACUAAUGCUAACCAAUAUAGCAUAGUAAUAUGUUUCUAUACUUGCGGUAGAUGCACGUGCUGUAACCGGUUAAUUUACAUUUGUUAAUUUAUGUCACAAUGUAUUCAUUCUUUACUGAUUACUUUUUUAUAUAAAUGUAGGUUUCCAUUUGUGGCUAUAUCAAUUGGUUUUGCCGUCAAUAAACAGGUAUGUUGAUGUAAUAUAUCUUACUAAGGGUUCUACACAUAUGUAAAAUGCUGUUAGAAAGGUACAUAACUUGGAUGUAUUCACUGCACAGUGAGUGAUGUUUCUUAUACCUUGUAUUAAAGGGUUAGUUCGACCAAACCGUGUUUUAAUAAAAUACUGUUUUUGGUCAGAGUGGUUCCCCACCCCCAAAAAAUGGUGAAAUAAAGCAAUAAAAAGUGGUAACUAAAGCACUAAAAUUAAACUUGUGUUUUGUUUUUACAGUUUGGCUAUUUUGAUCUUAAAUGUAAAAUUUACUUUGAAUUCUCGAUUUAGUGAAUAACUCUGCUAAUUGUAGCAAGUUGAAAUUCAAAUGGCAAAAUCUAUACAAACAUUAUAAUUUAGAAAAAUUCUCCUACUCAAUUAUAGUCACAACAAUUUUAGCCUCAAUUUUUGGCAUUCUUUUUUUUUUUUUAAUUCUUUAUUUUUGGUGCAGAGGUAAAACUGUACAAAACUGCUCACAGUGCCCCAACAGCAGCUGCUAGCGUUCCAGGUAACAUGUUAAAACAGUGUUAAGGCGUGAUAAACAAUGCACAUUUAAGAAAAAAAUCAUUUAAGAAAAAACGAUGAACAAUAGUGUGUUGAUAGUCAGUGUGCGGGCUGAUGCGGUUGUUAGGUUUGUCAUCUGACUGUUCUAUUGAGGGGGGAUAUGUCGCUUAGUUGCCACUUCUGGGUUUGAGCAGUGCGUGCGUCUGGGAGAGCGCACAGUGUCGCUAUGUCUCACAGCUAUAUGUGAUGAUUGGGGUGUCAAUGCCGCUGCGUCGUUGUGAUAAGUUGGUAGCAGUACUAAUGUAUGGCUACAGCUGGUGCGGUGUGUGUGUGUGUGUGGUUCCUAAACUGUAGUCAGGUAUGUUGUGCUGUGUUAUGUGCCUUGGAGUGGUCCUAUGUGGACCUAUCUGGUCAUUAGUCGAGUUGUGUAUAAAAAAAAUAUGAGAGAACAAAUCAAAAAGAAAAUAUAAAUCGUGAAGUUCAAAGAAUUAGGUAUGGCUGGGGGAAGUCUCCUGUAGUGCUGUCGUUUUUUUCAGCCAAUGCCCCUCACCGGGAGGUCAGUGAGAAGGUCCAGGCUCACUCUGUGGACCGAGAUGACCCCCGUCAGUCCAGAGAGGGGGGGGGUCCUAGGAGGUGAGAGCUCCGAGGGACCCCUACCUAGGUCAGUCCACCUGGAGAGCAGCCGUCUCUCCAUAGCGCGAUCUCCGGUGGGCCUCAGGUUUGCAGGGUUCCGGUGGGUCAGCCGUUUGGUUCUGGUGUCAGAAGGUUCACCCGGAUGUCCCCGUCUUGCUAGCUCCACUUUGGUGUGCUUUGUGCCAGUUUUGGGGGGUUUUCACCCCCAAUUUGUGUCGUUUUGUGCAGGAGCUAGGCACAACCGCUCAGCUCUGCUGCUAAGCUCCGCCCCCAAUUUUGGGCAUUCUUGAUUUCAAUUUGCUACAUUUGAGAUUUCUUUAAUGAAAACUACUAGUAGGUUUUGUAUGGUUGCACUAUAUGUGAUCUUCAGAGCUACAUUUGUCUAGUGUGUUAUAUAUCGUCUUCACAGCUAAAAAUCUUUACUUUUAAAAUUAGUAUUUUGAAAAAAUAUUUUAACAUUUUGAUAUUUUUAUAUAUAUAUAUAUUUAUAUUUGAUGUAUUUUUUUUUUAAAUUCUAAUAUUUUGAAAAAAAAGCAUUUUAAAAGCUUAUUCAAAAUAUUAAAUUGGGGCCUUAAUUUUGUAGCAGGUCAGUAAUAUUCACUAACUGAAAUGAAACAUCCGAUUUGCUCUAAUCUGUAACUGUUACAUUUCUGUUCAAGUAUGUGUUAAAUUUCCAUGGCUUAGAAAAGCAAUUCUAAACCCCUCUGCAUCUCACCUCCAGUAUUCAAGUACGCCCACAUAAUUACUAGCUAUCUCAGUGGAGGCCCUAAAUUCAGUGCCAGAGAAAAUCUAUUUUUCUGAGUAUGUAUUUAAACUCUUCCAUGUAUAAUAUAUAUGUGAGUUUAAUAAAGAAAUUCAUACUAGAAUAGCCAAACUGUCAUAGCCAAAGUGGAAAUUCUUUGCAAAUUAUCUUUUCAAAAAUGCAAACUUAAAAAUUUCUGUUCAGUGAAUAAAUAAGUGUAUAUUAAACUUACAUAGAAACAUAGAAUGUGACAGCAGAUAAGAACCAUUUGGUCCAUCUUGUCUGCCCAAUUUUCUAAAUACUUCCAUUAGUCCUUGGUCUUAUCUUAGGUUAGCAGAGCCUUAUGUCUAUCCCAAGCAUGCUUAAACUCCUUUACUGUGUUAACCUCUACCACUUCAGCUGGAAGGCUAUUCCAUGCAUCCACUACCCUCUCAGUAAAUACUUCCUGAUAUUAUUUUUAAACCUUUGCCCCUCUAAUUUAAGACUAUGUCCUGUUGUGGUAGUUUUUUUUCUUUUAAAUAUAGUCUCCUCCUUUACUGUGUCGAUUCCCUUUAUAUAUUUAAAUGUUUCUAUCAUUUUCCCCCUGUCUCGUCUUUCAUCCAAGCUAUAAAUGUUAAGAUCCUUUAACCUUUCCUGGUAAGUUUUAUCCUGGAAAGGUUAAAGCGUGUAGAUAUUUUAGUUUAUUGUUGUAGUGUGAAGGCCAUUCACUCAUAAGGGUAUAAACAUAUGUAGGCACAUGUAUGUAGUAAAAAAGUACUAUACAAUUACCAUUUUGUUGUAAAUAUACAUUGAAGUGAUUCUGGUUGAUGCUUCUGUUUUUAUUAUCAUGCAGGUUGAAUUUGGAGUUGUAUAUAGCUGUGUUGAAGACAAAAUGUAUACUGGCAGAAGGGGAAAGGGCUCAUUUUGUAAUGGGCAGAAAUUGAAAGUAUCCGGACAGAAAGGUAAUUAUAUGAUAACUCUUGCCUUAAGUCGAUAAACAUAAUCUACUGAAUUCAUCUUACUUGCUGGGGCGCUCCAUACCAGAGUUAUAACGGCAUUGUCAAACUUACCAUUCUCCUAUUGUUUCCUCUUUUCUUCCUCUCUCAGAAUCUGUUCUUCUUUUCUCCCUAUCUGAUCUAGUUUUCUUUCAAAUGUAAGAUAAGAUAUGGACUACUUUGUCAUAUGUAUAUUUUCUACGCUUGACUCUCUUUGAGCACAGGAGGAGUUUAAGUCGGCUCCAUUUCCUGUGUCAGAGAAAGUUUUUACACAAUAAUCUCUGUGCUCCUUGACACAGGAAAUGGAGCUGUCUUAAGCUCUUCCUAUGGUCAACGAAAGUCAAGCAUAGGAAAAAUACAUAAGACAAAGUAAUCCAUACUUUGUCUUAUGUUUUAAAGAAAACUAGAUCUGAAAUAAUGAAAAGAAGAACAGAUUCAGAGAUAGGAAGAGAAGAGGAAAAAAUAGGAGACAGGUAAGUUUGGCGUGACCGUGCUGCUUUAAGCUCCCUGUUAGUAAACUCUUGAAAUAGCACAUUAAAAACAAUGCUAACAUAAAUUUAACCCCUUGACGACCGAUGACGGUUCAGGACCGUCAUCGGAAACAUCCCCUUGGGGACCGACGGCGAUCAAUGCUCCUCCCGGUCCAGGGGGACUGCCUGUCUGCCCAGGCAGUCUCCAAGCGGCAGAUCAGGACCCCGCGGUCACGGGAUCGCUCGAUCACAUGACCGCAAUAGGUGCCUGUGUAUUUGCCUGCAGAGGGACUGUCUGUGCUGACAGGCAGUCUCCCUGCAAGUGGAAAAUCCUAAAAUAAAGUUACAAAAAAAAAUCAUGUAUUAUAUCUAUAUAUAUAUAAUAAAUAUAUAUAUAUAUACAGGGAGUGCAGAAUUAUUAGGCAAAUGAGUAUUUUGACCACAUCAUCCUCUUUAUGCAUGUUGUCUUACUCCAAGCUGUAUAGGCUCGAAAGCCUACUACCAAUUAAGCAUAUUAGGUGAUGUGCAUCUCUGUAAUGAGAAGGGGUGUGGUCUAAUGACAUCAACACCCUAUAUCAGGUGUGCAUAAUUAUUAGGCAACUUCCUUUCCUUUGGCAAAAUGGGUCAAAAGAAGGACUUGACAGGCUCAGAAAAGUCAAAAAUAGUGAGAUAUCUUGCAGAGGGAUGCAGCACUCUUAAAAUUGCAAAGCUUCUGAAGCGUGAUCAUCGAACAAUCAAGCGUUUCAUUCAAAAUAGUCAACAGGGUCGCAAGAAGCGUGUGGAAAAACCAAGGCGCAAAAUAACUGCCCAUGAACUGAGAAAAGUCAAGCGUGCAGCUGCCACGAUGCCACUUGCCACCAGUUUGGCCAUAUUUCAGAGCUGCAACAUCACUGGAGUGCCCAAAAGCACAAGGUGUGCAAUACUCAGAGACAUGGCCAAGGUAAGAAAGGCUGAAAGACGACCACCACUGAACAAGACACACAAGCUGAAACGUCAAGACUGGGCCAAGAAAUAUCUCAAGACUGAUUUUUCUAAGGUUUUAUGGACUGAUGAAAUGAGAGUGAGUCUUGAUGGGCCAGAUGGAUGGGCCCGUGGCUGGAUUGGUAAAGGGCAGAGAGCUCCAGUCUGACUCAGACGCCAGCAAGGUGGAGGUGGAGUACUGGUUUGGGCUGGUAUCAUCAAAGAUGAGCUUGUGGGGCCUUUUCGGGUUGAGGAUGGAGUCAAGCUCAACUCCCAGUCCUACUGCCAGUUCCUGGAAGACACCUUCUUCAAGCAGUGGUACAGGAAGAAGUCUGCAUCCUUCAAGAAAAACAUGAUUUUCAUGCAGGACAAUGCUCCAUCACACGCGUCCAAGUACUCCACAGCGUGGCUGGCAAGAAAGGGUAUAAAAGAAGAAAAUCUAAUGACAUGGCCUCCUUGUUCACCUGAUCUGAACCCCAUUGAGAACCUGUGGUCCAUCAUCAAAUGUGAGAUUUACAAGGAGGGAAAACAGUACACCUCUCUGAACAGUGUCUGGGAGGCUGUGGUUGCUGCUGCACGCAAUGUUGAUGGUGAACAGAUCAAAACACUGACAGAAUCCAUGGAUGGCAGGCUUUUGAGUGUCCUUGCAAAGAAAGGUGGCUAUAUUGGUCACUGAUUUGUUUUUGUUUUGUUUUUGAAUGUCAGAAAUGUAUAUUUGUGAAUGUUGAGAUGUUAUAUUGGUUUCACUGGUAAUAAUAAAUAAUUGAAAUGGGUAUAUAUUUGUUUUUUGUUAAGUUGCCUAAUAAUUAUGCACAGUAAUAGUCACCUGCACACACAGAUAUCCCCCUAACAUAGCUAAAACUAAAAACAAACUAAAAACUACUUCCAAAAAUAUUCAGCUUUGAUAUUAAUGAGUUUUUUGGGUUCAUUGAGAACAUGGUUGUUGUUCAAUAAUAAAAUUAAUCCUCAAAAAUACAACUUGCCUAAUAAUUCUGCACUCCCUGUAUAUAUAUAUAUAUAUAUAAUAUCAUACUAAGUGUGUUUUUAUAUUUAUAUAUCCAUAUAUUAAUAUAAAAAUACACAUAUAAUUAAAUUAUACACGUGUAUAUAUACAAUAUAUAUAAUAACUAUAUAUAUAUUGUGUAUAUAUAUAUACUAUUAUAAAUUCUAAAUAUGUUAAUAAAAAUAAAUAACAAAACGUAAAAAUAAUUUUUAAUAAUUAAAAAAAAAUUUAUUCUAACAGUAUUUUGAUAUAUAAAAUUAUAUCAAAAUACACUUAGAAUGUAAUAAUAUAUAUAUAUCUAUGUAUAAAUAAAUAAAAAUAAUACGAAAUAUACAUAUGUCCAUAUACAUAAUUUUAUAAAUAUACACGUAGACAUCAAAUAUAUAAAUAUGUAUAUAUAUUAAAAUUCUACGUGCAUAUUUAUGUAAUAUUUUUACCAAAUUAAGUAAUUUUAAUGAUUGCAAUUUGAGGGACCUGCCUGCCAACCCAGGCCGAAAGUCCAGAUAAUUUAAUUUGCUAGCACUGUGUUUAACCCUAUAACUUUCUAUGACACCCUAAAACCUGUACAUGGGGGUACUGUUUUACUCGGGAGACUUCGCUGAACACAAAUAUUAGUGUUUCAAAACAGUAAAACAUUGAAAGUGAUGUUUUUUGCAUUUUUCACACACAAACGGCACUUUCACUGAUGAUAUUAUUGCUGUGAUACAUUUUACUGUUCUGAUACACUAAUAUUUGUGUUCAGCGAAGUCUCCUGAGUAUAACAGUACCCCACAUGUAGAGGUUUUAUAGUGUUUGUGAAAGUUACAGGGUCAAAUAUAAGGCUUGAUUUAACUUUUUUUUUUUUUUUUAUUGAAAUUUGUCAGAUUGGUUAGGUUGCCUUUGAGAGCGUAUGGUAGCUCAGGAAUGAGAAUUACCCCCAUGAUGGCAUACCAUUUGCAAAAGAAGACAACCCAAGGUAUUGCAAAUGGGGUAUGUUCAGCCUUUUUUAGUAGCCACUUAGUCACAAACACUGGCCAAAGUUAGCGUUUUUUGCAUUUUUAACACACAAACAAAUAUAAAUGCUAAUUUUGGCCAGUGUUUGUGACUAGGUGGCUACUAAAAAAGACUGGACAUACCCCAUAUUGAAUACCCUGGGUUGUCUACUUUAAAAAAAAAAAUGUACAUGUGAUGUGUGAUUCGGGGAUUUAUGACAGAUAACGGUGUUACAAUGUCACUAUUGAUAAAUUUUAAAUAUAUAUAUAUAUAUAUAUAUAUAUAUAUAUAGAAACAGCAAUUCCCUACUUGUAUUUAUAGCUCUAUAACUUGCAAAAUAAAGCAUGUAAACACUGGGUGUUUUUAAACUUGGGACAACAUUUUGAAUCUAUUUAGCAGUUUUUUUAAUUAGCUUUUGUUGAUAAGUAAAAGAUUUUUCAAGUAAAAGUCCAAAAACAUGUUUUUUUUUUUUUAAUUUUUCACCAAAUAUAUGACAUGAUACAAAUAAUGGUAUGUAAAGAAAGCCCUUCUUGUCCUGAAAAAAACAAUAUAUAACUUGUAUGGGAACAGUAAAUGAGAGAGAGGAAACACAAACACCACAAAAGUGUCAAAACUGCUCUGGUCCUUAACGUACAACAUCGCAAAAACAGGCCGGUCCUUAUGGGGUUAAAUAAGAUAAGAUCUAAAAGCUCUCAUUUCAGAAUGUCCCUCUGUUGCUUCAAAAUUUCAUUACAGACCAGGAAUUGAUUAAAAUUCCUUAGUACUGAUUAUACCCAGUAAAUUAUUCUUAGCGGGGGUUUAUGGGGUAUGUUGUUUAGGUCUCCCUAGUGGUUUGAAAAGACAAGAAUAAAACUGCUCUGCAACUUCUAUUAGCUUACCAACUUCAUUUAUUCAUGGUUUUUGAUAAACACAGCUACCUUCAGCCUUGCACUUGAAUGUCGCCGUAUAAACAUUGUAGGGAUCUCAUACAUUUAAGACUUGGGCAGUGUACACAUACCAUGUGUGGAUAUACCAUGGAAAAAAUCUCCUUCUUUCAGAGGGAUGCUUAACUUCCCUCUGUGAUGUCACAGGUUGUGUGGGGGGAAACAUGUAGUUGCCUUUACUUUGGCAUAUCACUCUAGUUACAAUAAUUGGAUGGAUGGAGACUGAAUUAGGGAGCCCCUUGCCCCCAAACCAUACUCAAGUAGAAUAGCUGGUUGUAGUGCUUAGAGAGUCUUUUUAAACAGCAGUUUAACUCCGUUUCCAUCUGGUUUUAGGAAUUUAAAACAACCAAAACUAAUUUUACUGAAUAGAUAUCAUGUGUAUGUUAUGUGAUCCACAAUUAAUACAAUGGAACACAAAGACCAGUCCUGGUCCUCUGUAUUGCCGAUGCACACUUUCAAGUGAGCAUGCAGUGAUCUUUCAUUGAUAACGAAUAUAAUUAAAAACAUAUGGAACAUUGAGUAUAGUUUAUUUAUUUAAUCCCUGUGUUGGGAUGCUCAACUCACUAAAAUAUCUCCAAGCUCAUGGUUCAGUGGAUGAUUCAUUAUAUAGUAAACAUAAACCGUACAAAAUAAAGUACCAUGCGCAUCUAACAGCGUGUAUAGCAACCAAACAUGUUUCUUUGUGUGCUAAUGACUACAUCCCCACUGUUGCCUAGGAGAUUACAGAGCUGGCACUAAAUUAUAGUAAGAUGUGUUGGUACGUGCAAGAAAAUGCUUUCAAUUAUAGACUAUUCAGAGGAGCCGAAAGAUGUGCUCAUCCUGAUAAAAGCUCAAUAAUGUAAACCAACAGAGAAAUCUAUUUGCAGAAAACCUGUACAUUGUUUUAGCUGUUUGUUUAUUGAGACGUGACCCCUUUUUUACUGUCCAUUAAUGGUUUGGGUUAUCAACUCUCAAUAUUUGUAUAAGUCUCCAGUUGUCAUGGGUGGUUGGGACAGCUAUCAUUUUAAACCGUAAUUUCCCUCACUGACCUUAUUUGUUGAGGAAGCAAUUUCCCUGUGAUAAUGAGUUCCAUUACAUACGGUAAUUACAGACACACAAAGAUGCAAUUAAAUGAUGUUCGACACGAAAAAAGAAAAGCGAGUGUUCAGUGCAAAUAUCAGGAUAUUUCACGUGGUUUUAUUCAGUGGCUGCAGGUAUAUUUUGAGUUAUAUAGAAUCACAUUUUACUGGUGUCACUGGGUUAUGUCAGUGAUUACAUGAACGUUUUAAUGAGCAGUAGAUCAAGUUACAGUCUUGCAUAUAAUAUGAUUUAGCCCAUUUAGAAAAAAAAUGACAUGAGCGUAUUAGAAUAAAGAUGAUUAGAACUAGACUAAUGGCACUUAAUUCCAAGGAAUAUAAUUAGGAUAUAAUGCAUAUCUGGUAGAGGAUAGUAAGCAAGGCUUUGUAGGGUGUUUAUUUUUUUUUAGUGCUUUGCAAAGCAAAACAAAUUUCACAAUGUCUCUGCAAAACUGUAAUGGUAAGAAGCUAUUGUUGCAGUCAAUGUUUCAUCAGAACAUGUCCUUAGUCCUGUUCCCUUUUUCCAUCCUCUAACCUCUUGAAUUCACCUUGGAUCUGGCGUCAUCCUGACUAGCCAUGUGCUUGGCAAGCAAGUUCUGUCUGUGGCAUCUAUGCUCACAAACUCUGGGAAUUUCUCCAGUUUGCUUGCUGUUUUUUUACGCAAUACAGCCAGUAAACCGAGGUGCAGUAGAAACUAGAAUUGUAUUUCUCUAAUCCAGGUCUAAUGCAGUGUUUACCCCUCUUUUUGUAUUUCUUUCUCGAUUGUUCUCUUUUUAACUCCAUCAUUUUUUUUCUCUUUUACACCUGUUUUUUUUUCCACCCGUCAGAUAUAACACAGUCCAUGAUUGUCACAGAACUUGGGUCAAAUCGGAACCCAGAGGUUGUUAAAAUGAUAUUAUCUAACAUGGAGAGACUUUUGUGUAUUCCAAUUCAUGGGUAAGUGUUAUUGUCAACAAUUAGAAUUAAACAUCUUCAAAAUCAUAUUGUGUAAUAACAUAUAUAGUAUUUACUCCUUCCAUACAACACAGUCCUUAAAGGACUACUAUAGGCACCCAGAACACUUCAACUCAAUGAAGUGGUCUGGGUGCCAGGUCCCCCUGGUUUUAACCCUGCAGCUAAAAACAUAGCAUUUUCAGAGAAACUGAAAUGUUUUCAUUGCGGGUUAAUCCAGCCUCUAGUAGCCGUCUCCCUGGUAGCCACUAAAGGCCGCUGCUGCGAUUCUCAGUAAAAAUCACACUGAGAUGAUGCUGAUGUCCAUAGGAAAGUAAUGCUUUCCUAUGGGCGGUUUGAAUGCGCGCGUGGCUCUUGCCGCGCAUGCGCAUUCGGAGCUGACGUCGGAAGGGGGAGGAGAGAUCACCGGCGCUGGAUUAAGGUAAGUGGUUGAAGGGGUUUUAUCCCCUUCAACCUAGCGGAAGGGGGGCCCCGAGGGAGGGGUGGGACCUAAUAACGCUAUAGUGGAAGGAAAAUGAGUUUGACAGCGACACAAGUGUUUUGUUUUGUUUUGUUUGUUUUUGUGGCUUUGUAAUUUAACAUACUGGAUUUGAAAAGAGAGCAAAAGAUAAGAGGGUAGUAAGCAAACUGCCACCUUUUAAAUCGGGUUCUAAUUAACAAACUUUGCAGGAAUUCUGACUCUUUCUGAUAAUGCCAGAAUGCAGGCCAUCAGGAGACAGAGAAAUUUGAAUAUUUCAAUCAGAGACAUGUGUCAAAAUAAACUCUGUGGAACAUAUUGAGGUAUUCCUUCAAAAUUCAAGGUUUAUAGCGGUAAAUGCCAUCAGAUAAAAUCUAUCUGACUUUUAGAUCAUUAUAAUUUUUUGUAUUCUUUACACACAUAUUUGUUAUUGUUCUCCAUAAUACCUGUUUUCCUUAUAUAGAAUUUUUGUACAUCUCAUGUGACCGAAGCUUUCCAAAGGCAGUGUAGUUAAAGGAGCAUUUUAGGCACCAGCGCAUGUUAGACACAGUGGACUUGGUGCUUUUUCCUUCCAGACUUCAAAGUUUUCUAUUUUGCUCCAAUAACAUUGUAGUGGAUGUCACAGUUUGUGGUUGUUGAUUAGCUCAUACCUUUGUACAUUAGAGGAAGAAAUCUAAGCUACAACUCCUAUAAACCUUUGCUGUGUUCACUUGAACAAACCCAGCAUUGCUAGAAUAAGCCCAGAAUUGCUAGAUGUAGAAUUCAGUGAGCAUCUUAGUUGCCUGAAUCAUUUCCUGGGCUGGACAGAACUCACUACAGAAAUUACAAGCAGCCCGUUAUUUCAUGAUCCUGCUGGAGAAGACUGUGUGUGGUCCCUACAACAUUACAGGCAGUAUGUAGGACCCAGGAAAGUUGCCAAACUGUACAACAACAGUAUGGCAUCUUACUGUGGGACAGCAGCAAGGCACUCCCAAAACUAUAGCCAAUAUUUGGAGUGUUCCUUUAAAAAACUGAGAAAUAUAGAUGUCUAGUUUAUAUAUAUUUUUUUCUUAUUCCAGCAUUGUCAAACUGCUGAAUGAAUGUAGCUAACUGUUGUUUUUUUUGUUAUCUGUUACUUAUUUUACUGACUAAAUACAUUAAAAAAGAAUGGUUUAGGCACUCACUAUAAUAGGAUCAGGCAGCAGUUAACCAUGCAAGUAUUUGAACUACCUUGCAACGAUAUAGGACAAGCAAAAUAUAAUUGGAGGCUAACCUCAUCUAAAGAGGGCAAUGUGAGUAGCUUAAGCUUUUAGGGUAAAAUUAUAACUCUAUAAGGUCACAGGUAAAGAUAAAUUGGAUAGAUGCUUUUCCUUAAUUUACAGCAAUGCGUAUCUUUAUAGAAAAGAGGAGAAAAAGAUAAAUCAUAGUGCAAUUUAUAAUGUAAAGGUUGGUGUAUAAUGUGGGUGCCAAGAAAUAACUCACAAUUUGUAGAGCUACUGAAGAGCUCUGCUGUAUGGGGCACGGACGAUAUAUUUUGCGUUUCGGUGCGGUUAUCCUUCAUUUGUUUUUUGCUUGAACAUGUUAAAACACUGGGUUAAAUGUCGUGAAUGUUGUACAGUAUUUGUUUAGUGUUGGUGUAAUCUCAUCAUUUGGGUGGUUCCUGCUUUUUGACUCAACCUAUACGAUCGAGUCUUGCUAUUUUUGUAUGUUCUGCAGGAUCAGAGCGGUGGGCACAGCAGCUGUUAACAUGUGCCUUGUAGCUUCAGGAGGAGCCGAUGCUUACUAUGAGAUGGGAAUCCACUGUUGGGACAUGGCAGCAGCUUCUGUCAUUGUUACUGAAGCAGGAGGUGUUGUCCUGGAUGCAAAAGGUUUGUAGAAUUAUAAAACUGAAUCCUUUUGAAAAAUGCAUUUACCUUUAUGUUAGCUAAAUCCACAUUUACAUUUGUUAGCUGGUUCCACAUCUACUUUUAUGUUGGCUGGAUCCACACUGCACCGAUGCAUAAACUAGUACAGGUCUGCCCUUAGAGAGAGCAAGCAGGGGCUAUGCCAUGGGCCACUAGCUUUUGUUGACCUUGCUUUAAGUUGUCUACCUCCCCCCCAAGAAGAGAGCCCAAGUCCUUGAGAGAACCAGAACAGGAGGAAGUGUGUGGAAUUACCAGGUUCCAACACAUCACACAUAUACUUCUCAUGUUGGUGCAUUACAGAAUCAUUUACAGCACAAAGUUAAUCCCCUUAUAUUAUCUUACUUCUCCAGUUCUGACUCCUUCACAGACCCAGGUGUAAAUGUGGAAAAACGUUUUCUUGCAAUGGGCCGUGAAAAUGCUAAACCCAUUUCCAAACCUACUCUACAGAUAUUUGUCAGUUAGAUUUGUCAGGCUUAAGUCAGACUGAGCAUCAUAUCAAAUGUUUGCAAACAAAUGUAUGAACACAGUUAGCUAGGAUUGGUAAAUAAUGUAAACCACUAGGUGGCACUCUUACACCAGCUAUUUUUUUUUAAAUAUACUUUUACUAAAUCCAACUUUUACUGACAUGCAGAGAUUGUCAUUAUAUAUUGGAUUUUACCCAAACCAUUAUCAUCAAAGGAUAACAAUCUAUACAUAUCCAAUGCUUGUGUGGUUAAAUAAAGUUGUUGACUUGUCAUGAAGAACUAACGAACAGAAAUUCCACCAGAUAGUCAUAUCACACUUGCUAAAAUGUUAUCGUUGUGUGACAAACCAUGUACAGUUAUAUGAAAAAUUGACAUACAUUUAUAAUUUUUUUAUUAAUUUUUUUUCGAAAUCUUUUUUUUUUUUUUAACUCUUUGCAGGAGGCCCUUUUGACUUAAUGUCUUGUAGAGUGAUAGCUGCCUGUUGCAAGGACAUCGGACAGAGAAUUGCCAAAGAACUUCAGAUCAUACCCGUGCCACGUGACGAUGGUAGAAAGAAUGAAUGAGUUUAGCAAAUGAAGCCAUAUUUAUAGUAUUUUGCACAGUUUCUAAUGCAAGCCAUUAUUUCAGGAGUAAUAAAAUAUCAAUGGUUAUAUAUGAUACAAGAGGCAUUGAGAUGCUAUGUGAUGCAAUCUUGUAUGUCACUUACUGUAAUUAUGCACUAUGUAUCCGUCAUGGCAUUUAAAGGAAUGCACUAAAAGAAAAACCUUUUUUUUUUUUUUUUAAGUCCCCUGGGUUUCUUUAUAACUUUACAUUAAUGCCUCCCCCUUUUUUUAUUAAAAAAUAAAAAUGAAAAUCAGCCUUAAACUGACCUGCAAUCUAGAGCCCAGGCAGACAUUACUGCAGCCGAUCCCCCUCCCUUGCUGGAGUCAUUAAGAGGACUUUUUUUUCCAAUCAAAUGCUUCUCAUAUCGAGCCAAGGUAGACAUAAGCAGCACAUGUAUGGCAAUCGCUGUGUUCCAACCCAUUGUUGUCAGCACAAUUUGCAUGCGAACACUGUACAUAAAAUAGAUUAUCAGUUUAGUCCAAUGCCCUAACAGCUGACUAAAUGACAGCCACUAGAACAUGUGAAUUGCAAUAUGUAAACCGUGUCAUUUCUAAGAAAUGGCACUGGUUUCAUCUGCAAGGCUGCACGAGCUGCAUCAACACCCCAACAUUACUUAAUUAAGAUGAAAUGAUUUUAGUGUUUAGAGUGUCUCUUUAAGUUACUGAUCCAAAGGCCCAAGUUUGAGUUGGCUAAAGUAUAAAUAAAUAGUUGUUUUUGCAUUAUUAAACAAAUUGGAGUAUGAGUGCAAGAAAGUAAUUGUGGCGAUGAACAACAAAAGCAGUUUAUUGGAAGAUGUUGUCCGCUUGUUAUCUUAAAGUGAUAGUGAAAGCUCAAACUAAAGACAGUAUUCAUACCAAUAUGUCUACAAAGCCUAAAGAUAUAGUUUAUUGUUUAAGCUUUACUCAGGGAACAGUAAUUUCAGUUUGCGUGUGAGGUUCUAAUAUAUUCAAACAUCUUUCAUACAGAGUAUACACAGUUUAGCAAACGUAGUUGAGAGUAUAGCUAAAUCUUUACAUUCCGUAUAACAAUUAGUCUGUUUAGAACACUGUCAUCUGCAGAACAAAAAAGCAGUGUGAGAGGACUGUGCAAAGCUCUCCGGCAGAAAAGCAAGCUUAGUAUUUAAGGACCACUUUAGGCACCCAGACGACUUCAGCUCAAUGAAGUGGGCUGGGUGCCAGGUCCCUCUAGUGUUAACCCUGCAGCUGUAAACAUAGCAGUUUCAGAGAAAAUGCUAUGUUUACACUAGGGUUAAUCCAGCCUCUAGUGGCUGUCUCACUGACAGCCGCUAGAGGCGCUUCUGCGCUUCUCACUGUGAAAAUCACCAAGGGAGCCUGGCGCUGGAGAAAGGCAAGUGUAUAACCCCUUCAGCCCAGUGGGAGUGGGACCCUGAGGGGGGGGGACACCUAAAGAUCCUAUAGAGCCAGGAAAACAAGUUUGUUUUCCUGGCACUGUAGUGGUCCUUUAACCCCUUAAGGACACAUGACAUGUGUGACAUGUCAUGAUUCCCUUUUAUCCCAGAAGUUUGGUCCUUAAGGGGUUAAAGAGGGUUACAUCUGUCAGUGCCUCAUAUAUCAUCCUCAAAGAUAUGGUCAAAGAGCUUGCACUUUAUUCUUAAACAAGCAGCAAAAGUCUCUUGUUUUGCAUUUUUAUUGUUAACAUUGAACUGCACUCCUUAAGAAUUGCUGAAAUACAAGCAUCUCUGGAACUUGUUGAAAAGUAUGAAUACACAAAUGUAACAUCAGACAUAUUGCAUCAAACAUACUCUUGUUAUAAUGUUUGCACUGAUUUAAUUGUGGAUUAUGUGGUGUUUCCAAACGAUGAGUUUAUUUGUAUUGUUAAGAUGGUAAAAUAAAUGAUGUUUCCCAAGAA